AAACCCUGGUCAAUAACGGUACUGGAUCCGUCCUAGUAAGAGGAUCCGAGAAAUCGACGUAAUCGUUUUCCCACUGUUGAUUAAAACUAAUUUACAAAACGGGGAGUGAAAAUGCAUUUGACUGUUAAAAUAUUAAAUGGCGAAGAAUGUACCUUAGCCGCUUCACCCAGUAGUCUUGUGAGUGAUGUCAAAGAACAAGUUGAAGCUCUUUUAUCUAUACCAGUAGCUGAUCAAAAGUUACUUUUCAAAGGAAAAGCUCUUCAAGAUACCAAACCUCUUCGUGAUUAUGGUGUUGAAGAUAGUGGAAAAAUAAUACUUGUUGUAAAAAGGCCAGUGACAAAGUCAUCUGAUACAACAAAAACUCUUAGUCCACAAAAUAUACACCCAGCAGAACCAGAGAGGCCUGUGUGGGAGAAACUGCGAGUUUUUCUUCAAAGACAUUUUAGAGACAGGGAUGUGGAAGCAGUGCUUCAAGAGUUUAAAAAAGAGUUUGAAAGGAAUCUUUCCAGUUUAAGCUUGGAUGACAUAGAAAGAUUAGCAACAACAAAGUUACGACAAGUAUGAUGUGUAAAAUAUAGUCAGCAGAAUAAGUUAUAUUUUUGCAUCGAGUUAGUUUACAUUUAAUUGCUAUAAAAACAGAUCAAUUGAAUGUAAGAAUAAAUUAAUUCCACUGUGCUGAUUUAUGUGUAAGCAAUGCCGGUUUUCAAGGUCAAGAGGAACUUUGUGAUCUGAAGAGCCAUCUAACGAGAGCUGUUUUAAUAUGAGCUUUCUUUGUAUGCAAAUAAAUCAGAGCAAUGUUUAUAUAGCCUAUGCCUAUUGUGUUACUUUGCUAAAAUAAUUUUUUGAUUAUUAUUUACACUAGGGAUAUUUUUUUAUUCAUGUCUACAAAUUAACACCAUCCUAUAAAUAAAUUUUACUUUUCAAAAUUCUAUGUUAGGGUCUAGAAUAAAUAAUUUGACAAGGCUAAUAAUCAGUUUUAAAUCAGUUGUUAUUUAAUAAUAUAUGAGCAAACUAGUUUGAAGUAAAAUACUGUUUGAACAUUUGCUGUAUGCUUGCAUUUGUGAUGGUUUUAAUUACUUAUAGAAAAGUCACAAGGAUGCAAGAUUAUAAAUGCAAUAUUAUUAAGGCAAAUGUUUAUUUUACUACUUGUAGUCAUAAUAACUAAACAUAAGAGAUUUUAUGCUAUUUAGUUAAUUUAGUUGCUUUUUCUGUUACGAAGUACUAACCUAUACAAAAUAAAUUAUUUCAUCAGACAUGUUUCAAUUAAGUCUAUAGAGAAGGUACUUAUCAGGUUAACUUUAAAACACAUUGCCAAGCUUAACUUUAUGGUAUUGUUUUUA